UGCCUGUAGCCUGUUAUGAAGCUUCAAAAAUAACCUACCGGUUUUUCCCGAAUUUGUAUACUUAGCUAAAGGUUUAAGACUGACUGGUAGCUAGAUUGUAAGUAGUGUUUUAUGCUGGUUGAAUCUAAUUGACAUGACGGUUUCGUUAAAUUCUGCAACAUCUGGGAUUCCUGAUAAACUAUGGCAGCCCAAAUAUGCUGUAUUUGGUACCACUAUGGGAGAAAUGACAGUCGAACUGUAUUGGAAGCAUGCCCCGACGACAUGCCGCAACUUUGCCGAACUCACCCGCAGGGGCUAUUACAACGGGACCAAGUUCCACCGGAUCAUUAGAGAUUUCAUGAUUCAAGGAGGCGACCCUACAGGCACAGGUAAAGGAGGAACAUCGAUUUAUGGGCGUACGUUUGCAGAUGAAAUCCAUGAAGACCUUAAGCACACAGGUGCUGGUGUGCUUUCAAUGGCCAACUCUGGCCCAGAUACAAAUGGAUCACAAUUCUUUAUAACACUUGCUCCAACGCAAUGGCUUGAUGGGAAACACACAAUAUUUGGUCGAAUACAUUCAGGGAUGAAUGUUGUUAAACGAAUUGGAUUAGUUGAAACAGAUAAAAAUGACAGGCCUGUUGAUGAUGUGAAAAUAGUACGAGCUUAUAUAAGAAUGAAUUGAAUGUUGCUUCUUUUUUUUUUCUUUUUUUUUUUUUUGUGUGUUUGUAAUAAUUUUUGUACUACAUAUUUUAAGAAUACGCA